AUCGCUUUUGGUGGUAUCAGUGACUCUGUAGGCGGAGCAUCAGGGAUGAAUUUCUUCGUUUAUUUUUUUGUUCAUUGAAAAAAUUUUUCAUUAAAUAUAUUUAAAAUUUGUACCUACACUUAAGUAAAGAAUAUUUAAAAACAGAACAAUAAAAAUAUUUUUAAUUUAAUUUUUCCCUCAAAAUAUCCAUUGAAAAUCGAUCAAUUUCUACAUUAAGAUAGGUACCCUAUUUGAUAAUUAUUCUGCUAGAUCCUUAAAGAUUUUUCUAAAGUCAGUAAAGAACUUGACUUUAGUAUUUAUGCAGUUUACUACAAAAAUGUGUCUUCAGUUCUUUUUCUACAAAGAAAAUACAUAGAAAUCAGUAUAAAUAAUUUCUUACCGCCCAUUUCGGUACACCAUCACACAAAUACAUAUAAACACAACGUAAGAAUGGAACAAAGUUAUAUAUAACUAGGCGUCUCCACCACCAUCUUCUGCUACUUAAAUGUACGGCGCAAGUCAAGAAUAGAGGGGAAAAUUCUAAAGCAAAAUUCAAACAUGAUGGGAAAAGUUCAUGAAUGAAAACAUUCCUAAAGGCAAUUUUAUCAACAAAACAGAAUAUAGAACAUUUUAAGAUAAUACGUUAAGAAAAAUAUAAUAUUGUCAGAUAGUUUUUUUUAGUAUCUUAUUUUAAUUGACUACAUUGUUUUUAGUGUACAUAUUUUAAUGAAAUCACCUGUUGCUACGUCCACAUAUACGAUCAAAAAUAGUCAAAGUUCUGAUCAAUAUAAACAAAAGAGAAGACAAUAGAGUGUUCAAGAAUUUUUUUUUUAACUUUUGUGUUCUUGAACUUAAAAUAGUAUAUAGCAAAGUUAAAAAUUUUCCUAUAAAAGUGUUGAAACCUUAUCGAAGUGAAGCACAUCAGGAAAAAAAUCUGGCUGCAUUUGAUUGAGAUAACGUAUAUUCUAACGCUUAUCGCAUACCACACGGUGGUAUAUGUUGUUCAUAAUUAUCUACUCGAUGUCGAGAAUUUCAGUUUGAAACUCAAGUGAUAACACUUCAGCCUACACGAACACACUUGGAGGAGAAAGAAUCGUCGCACUUGUUUUUCAUCAACUGAUAACAAUUUGGCUAUCUCUGUCAUCGUGCUGUGCACACUCUUUCAGGAGCACACUCAAACAUCACAGAGUGAGUUUCACGACGAAAGCACGUACAACCGUUCCGUUCUGCUGUAUGCCACAAAUCAGUUCACUAUUUCAGUCGCAGUGUAAUUUUGGACGAAUAACAAGAGGGUUCGAUUUGGGUGCUUGAUGUACUACAGACUGAAUCCCAGUCAUAUAGAGUGUGCAGAGUGCCAGAGGGCGAGUAAGUGAAUUUCCCCGUUUCGACGGAUGAUAUCCCGGGUCUUUCCCAUCGCGCACAGUGAACAGUAGCUAUUUUGUGUGGCUCCGGAUCAGGCUGCGAAUAGACUGAGAGUUCCACAAUAGCACUAAACUCUACCAAAUAAUAAAUUUUUAUUUUCGUGUGUGAACCAAAAAUAUCUGGUGUCACAGAAAGAAAAAAAAAACUCAAUGGGAAAAACUACAUAUAUAACGACUUUUGGAAAAUAGUGUAUUAAAUACAACAAGUGAUUUGCUUUCUUAAAAAAAAUUGAGAGAAAAAUAAAAUUAUGUGUUUGGUGACCGAGUAGGUAAACUCUGCUCUUAUUAGUCAAGUGAUGCAAAGGAUAAUUUGUAGGAAUUUUGAAAAAAGCAUCAUCACUUCCUGCAAUCAAACAUCGUACAUAAUAAAAGAAAAUUGAGAAUUUAGUGGAUUUAGAAGAAAAGCGAUUGCCUCAUUCUUGCCAGAUUGUCUGACACAAGGUCUGGCAAGACCGCAAAACCUAUAAUACCAUCUAAUACUUUAUAAUACUUACAGAGAAUCCCAAACCCCGCAGAGACAUUAUCAUUGAUUUUUAUUUUAUCUUCGGUUUCUUCUUCAAUGAAUAUACGUUGUGAAAAAAAUCCUUUUGUUUUGUCCACUCUAUAACACGUGAAUGGGAUUCACAAUACAGUUUACAUUUUUUUUAAAUGCCCAUUCUUUAAAAAAUCACACCAUUGAUACACAUUCAAAAAAUUCUGUGUGAUUUGUUCUUUAAAUUAAAAGUGCUCCAAAAGAAAACUUGGAAUCGUAAAGUGAAAAGAAAAUUGUGGAGAAUGUGAAUAUUCUCACUCACUCAAGUCCCAUAGAAUUUGAGAAUUAUAUAAGCGCAAGGCAACAUCACGGUGGAUAUUUUAGUUAUAAGGAAAUUCAACAUCGACAUACGAAACAAUUUUUUUGGAUCCGCAAAACCAUAUAGCCAUCCAAAACGAUUCGAUACCACGGAUUUAGAGACGUCAGUAUUCCAAACGCAAGGAGGCUGAAUCAACUAUCGGCCAUAUUUCCACCUGCUAUCAUGGAGCGGGGUGGGCUUGAAAGUAUAUCCGAUUCUGCCGGACUCUGUCUUCAGGACUUAGUUGGUGGGGGCGGCAGUGGGAGUGCCGCUCAAUCGGACCACUUGCAUAAUCAUCAUCCAUUGCAUGAUUCUGUGGCAGCUGCGGUUAGUGUUUCAUCAGCGAUAACGGGCUUGAUGACAGGUACGGGUGGUGCCGGCCUGGGGCACUUGCAUCACAGUACACACGACAUAUCUGGGCAUCAUCACCACAGCGUUGUGCCACACACCCCUUCUCUGCAUGAGCCGCUGGAGAAGUUAAAAAUGUGGGCUGAAACUGGAGACUUCAGAGACAAUACACAUAGCGCAAUGACGGCAGUUACUAGUGGAAUGGAUCAUACUCAACUAAAUUUCCAGUCUUCAGCAUCACGAGGAAGAAGCAGAGAUAGAAAAGGUGAAGGAAAUCGUUCACUAGAAGCAUCAGUGAAAACGGAAGCAGUUACACCUGGCCUGAGUCACGAUGACACCAUUGUGUCUACAGAUGAAACGAAAAAUGACAAAAAGAAUAAAAGGCAAAGACGCCAAAGAACUCACUUUACAUCUCAGCAGCUUCAGGAAUUGGAACACACAUUCAGCAGAAAUAGAUAUCCUGAUAUGUCAACACGUGAGGAAAUCGCCAUGUGGACAAAUCUAACUGAAGCAAGAGUCAGGGUAUGGUUUAAAAACCGUCGGGCCAAGUGGCGCAAACGUGAGCGGAAUGCGAUGAAUGCGGCAGCCGUCGCGGCGGCAGAUUUCAAGAAUGGUUUCGGGACACAAUUUAUGCAGCCCUUUGCUGAUACAGAUACGCUGUAUACAUCGUAUUCCCCAUACAAUAAUUGGGCAACAAAAGUGCCGUCCCCCCUUGGAACGAAAACUUUCCCUUGGCCUGUGAAUCCACUAGGAUCUGUAGUAUCAACAAAUCAUCACCAAAAUUCAGUGAAUUGCUUUAAUUCGUCAGCAUCUUCUGUGGCUGUAAGCAUGUCAACAUCAGGAACUAUGUUACCUGGCGGUAUGGGUACUGGUCUCGCUGCAACUGGACCGGGUACUGCUGUUGCAGCACCACCGUGCCCAUAUACCAAUCCCACCAACCCCUAUUCAAUGUACCACCAUCGCGCCACAGCCGAACCAUGCACAGCAAUGAGUUCAAGUAUUGCGACGCUUCGCCUUAAAGCUAAGCAGCACACAUCUGGAUUUAGUAGUCCCUAUUCAGCUCCGUCUCCUGUAUCAAGAUCUAAUUCAGCGGGUUUGUCCGCCUGUCAGUAUGCUGGUGUAACGGACACCGUGUGAGAAAACGCAUUGGGCUCCUUACUAAGUAGCCAACUUCAGCAUCACACUCACAAGAGUCAUGAAGAUGAUGAUUUACUGGGGCCCAAUAAUGAUGGUGAUGAUGACGAAGAGAUACAAGAUUGAAGUGAAAUUUCAUCUGAAUUCCAGUAAGUGUUUUAAAUCGCAAUUUUCUUAUCGUCAACCGAGAACAAUGGCGGGAGAAAUUUUUAGCAUUCUUUCCAUUAACAAUGCCAAAAUGUUUAAGCCUACAAGUCAGAUUAGUAUUUUGGUAUGAUAUAUGUUCUUGGUCAUUUAAUUUACAUUUUUUUAAUCAAAUUUUUAAUUUUAAAACAUUUUUUUUAUUCAGCCCUUAACACAAAAAGACUCUAAAAAUUAGGUCUUGAUUUAAAACAAAUGCUAAUCAAUAUAAAGUUCUAUCUUUCGCAAUUUCCAUGUUAAUGAUAGUACAAAGUGCAAGAAAAAGAGAUUCUUCCAGCCAUUAGAAUGAUUGGGAUAAUCUAUCAUGAGAGAGGAUAUACUAAAAAAAAUAUUAGAUAGAUCCUAUCAUCAAAAUAUGAGCAUAUUCUCCAUUUUUUGCGUAUACGUGACUUUCUUUAAUACUCAUAUCACUUAUCAUCUAAUUGGAAAUUGAAGCCAAAUAAUGUUUUGUCUACUUUUAUCGCUUAGUAAGGUAAAAAAACCGUGCUAAACCCAUUUAUAAAUGAAAAAUCUCUGAUUGGCUUCAGUUUCUAAAUGGGCGUCAAUUCAUGCCGAAAUCGCGAUAAGAAUCACCUAAUUACCAGCGUAGAAGUGUUAUCAUUAUUUAAUUUGGGCUUUAAUCAGUACCGAAAUGGCUUAUCAGCCAAAUUAGAGGCGGUUCUUUUCUUUUGCCACGGCAUUAACUGAGUCAUGGGGCAGUUUGUGGGUAUAUCACAAAAAAUACUUUUAUUAUAUGAAAGCAAAAUCUAAUGAUAAAUUGAAUUGGCAAAGAGUCAUCAAUCACAGUUUCCCAAAAAUAUACUCGAGAUGACAAGAAUAUUGCGGAGAAAACUUUCAAAAAAAAAGGAACAGAUUGCAGAUGUACAUACAUAAUUUGAUUUUUAAAAAUUAUGUUUAAUUUUCCAUCGCACUUCUGCAGGAAGGAAACAUUUACAUAAAGUCAAAUAACAUUCUAUUAGGAUUUUAUUACUAAAAAAAAAAUGCCAGCAUACGUGAGAGUGUGUUGCUCAAAACCCUUGGAAGGAAUGUGAAUAAAGAGUGAAAACAUUGACACAUCAGUUUUGAGAGUCAUGUGCAAUUUGUAAAAAAAUACUACAAUUUAAGUUUAUUUUAUUUUAUACAUUUGGAUUUGAAAGUCAGAAAUUUAGUCAGAAAAUAUAAAUUUAGGACAAAUUAAGUUAAAGAACUAGUUUAAUGAAAAAUAAACUUAGUAAUUAAUAGUAUAGUUCUUUGAUUAAAACUAAAAAACAACCUCCACAGGUAGGAAGAUAGGAUAUAAGAGUGAAUUGUAAAUAAAUAUGUAUGUAAUUGAAAUGGAAAAGAAUUACCUUCCAAUUUUAAAUACAAUACCUACAUGUGUAAUGAAUGAAUUUAGAAACUCACAAUUUACUUGUCUGAUCUCAUUCAUUUUGGAUUUUCUGUCUGAAUUAGACAAUAACACUAAAUUCUGAAAAAAAAAUGCGUAUGACUACCUGAAAUUUAAAUGAUUUGUGCAUGCGAUAGAUUGGUCAAAAGAAUAAAUUACUUAAAUAAAUGUAUCCAGAGAAAUUUACUACUUUCAUUUUUAGGAUAGUCUUUUUUUUACCAAAAUAAAAUACUUAAUUAAAUUUAGAUUAUUUUUUUUACAACAUUACCUACUUAAAAGAAUUAUUCAUGAGAAAUUAUACUCGUUAAUCUGUUUUUGGUUUCUUUAUUUUCUUAUACAUUUAUACUCUGGAUGCAUUUCUCUGAACUUCAGCAAGACACUUUUUUAUAGCACACAAAAUGCAAAAAAUAAAAACUACAGAAAAAAUGUACAUUUUUGAAGAAAAGAAACAUCUCUACAUAAACAAAUAAAUUUAUGAUUAAAAAAAGAAAGUAAUUAAAUAUCACACGUCAAAUAAGAGUUGUCUAGUCAGAUGAUAUAAAGAAUAAAAAUUUAAAUUAAAA